GCAGCAAAAAUGUUGCAAGACAUUUUGCUAAUGACAUUUUACUUUAUAAAAUUUAUUUACGCCGACACCGGAAGUAACGUAGACAGUGACGUUGUCAAGAAAGAAGAUCUUAUAUAUUGGCCAAAUGCCUCCAUACCUUUUUAUAUAGAUCCAGAUCAUUAUGAUCAUGAACAGUCUCUUUCAAUUAUGACAUCACUCUCGUUGUUCUCUUUCAAAACAUGUUUGAAGUUCAACCCUGUGCUUGUAAAGCCGACUUCGUCACAGCAUGUUAUGGUCUUUGAAAAUCCAAAUGGAGUCAGAAAAUGUAUUUUCAAUACGGAAGGACAUUCAACAACUGAACCACAUCGAAUAACACUCGGCUACGCGUGUCUGAAGUCUCCGCAGUUAGAGAUGAUGGUGAUGCGUGGUCUCGGCUUCGGGUUUGAACACAACCGCGCAAGUAGAGAUAUCUACAUCGACGUGCAAUUCGAGAACAUUGAUUCAGAUGCAAUGGAGUUGUUCGCAAAAGAUGGCAAACUACCGCAAGAGUUACGUCCUCUACAGUACGACGUCAACAGCGUAACACACUUUGGGGAACGAGAAUUCAGUAAAAAUGGACAUAGGACUAUCAUAUUUAAGGACAACACAAUACGUCAGAACCGUAACGGACUCUCAGAUACAGACAUACGUAAGAUAGAGAUAAUAUACGGCCCUGAAUGCCAGAAGAGAGAUCGACAAGAGAAGAUAGAUCAGUGUCAAAAUUAUCCAGGAGUAGCUAGAAGGAAACGGGACAUAGAUCUAAGUGCCAUUGGUCCCAGUCUUCGAGUCAACCGUGAUAUCACCGCACCACCGAUAAACAUAACAGAUAUAAAGAGCAGCUUAGAUCAUCUAGGUAUAGAAAAUGAAGUAAAAGAAAUAUUAGAAAAAGUCUACACAGUUAUAUCAUUAGCUUUAAAAAAUGCUAGAAGUAAAUAUUGUAACAAAACAACUGAUCUAAGAUCGAAAACAAUGGAAACAUCUGAUGUAUUAGGAAUGGUGGAAAUAGUUACUGAAUAUGCUAAAUCUAUAGCUGAUCAUGCAGUUGAAAAUAAAACAGAAUUCUGCGAAGCAUCAAAUUCUAUUGACCAAUACCAUGUAGCCAGAUGUAAUCAUUUUACGGGUAACCAAUGUAAAAUGAUUAAAUCAACAAAAUACGGUAAUAUAAAAUAUUCAACCAAUCACAGACCACAAUAUCCAUUCUCGACGAAUCUAUAUAGAGAUUUGAGUAAAUAUGAAAAAUCUAAAUCCAGAAACGGCAAUGAAACUAUUGAAGGAAUUAAAAAGGUUAGACGCAAACGAGCCUUAGGUACAACUGAAAAAAUGCAUUUAAAUAAUAAAGAUAUCACAAUGAAAGAAACUAAAACAUCAAUAAGUACGAUGAAUACAACUAAAACAAUAAGGGGACAGACUAAAAAUGUAGAUACGAAAUCGACUAAAAUUGAGAAAGAAAUUAUCAAAGAUUCAACAGCGGAUAUUCGGAGACGUUUCGGUGAUUUUCGUGUACACAAACAGAGAAAAGAUGAAAAACCGGAAAUGUUCGAAUCAGAAAUGUCACUGGAGUCGAAAUCAAAAGAGGUUAUAGUGAAGAAGAGACCAAGUUCAAAAAGUCAUCGUAUGCAGAAGAAAAAAAUGUCCAAUAAUUGGGCUAAAGAUAAAAGAAAAUUACAAGAGAAACCAGAAGCGAAAGCUGCACCAAAAACUGUACAACUUUCGAAAGAUAACAUGGAGUUUUAUUCUGAAAGACGAUGGCCCAAUAACGUGGUACCUUACUACAUCAAAAAUUCCUUAAAAUAUUACGAUCUGGAUAAAGUAAGACAACGUUUGAAUGAAGUUAAUCAUAUACUAAAAACUGAAACAUGUGUACAUAUAAAAGAAAUAAGUGAAAAAGACGUAGGCAAGUAUCAAGACUAUUUGAUACUUGAUCAGAGUCCUGAUUUUGUGACUGGAAGAGUCGGUGGCAAACAAAACUUCGGUGUAUUGGAGCUAUUCGAAGGUAAACAGCACAGACAGCAUGCUGCUAUGGUGGUGAUGUCUAUGCUUGGGUUCUACUUCGAGCCGGCGCGGCACGACCGGGAUAAACACAUCAGAGUUCACGUGCGACAUAUAAGACCAGAUAAGUUGCAUCACUUCGAGAAAAUGCGAGCCGAAGCCACCCUGCCAUUGCCGUACGACUAUGAAAGCGCGACACAUCCCGCUUGGCAGUUCUGGAGACAAGUUGGCAGGACUGGUAUUUCUACUGUAGCCACGUAUAAAGAUAAGGAUCCUGAUGGUACCAUAAUGAAGUCUUUGGGCCAACAUUCGAAGUUACUCUCAGAUAUAGAUAUUAUAAAAAUAAACAGCGUCUAUGGUAUUGAUUGUUUUCGCUAAUCUAGAAGAAA